GAAAUAUAGGACGAUAAGACCUCUCUGUCAAUGAAAAUGCUCGCAGGAAAGCUUGCGCUUGUAACUGGCGCUGGUAGUGGUAUUGGGCGAGCAAUAUGUCAGGCAUUUGCAAAGGAAGGUGCAAUGGUUGCUAUGGCUGAUGUAAACAAAGAUGGAGUACACCAUGUACAUGAAAUGCUUAAGUCAAUUAGCGAAGGACAUCAUCAUCCUUUUACUGUUGACGUUUCAUCCUCAGCAUCAGUAGCCACAUUGAUGACUGAUAUCAGAGAUAGAUAUAUGGCAGUCCCUACAAUUGCUGUUAACUCUGCUGGAAUCACAAGAGAUACAUACAUGUUAAAAAUGAAAGAGGAAAUGUGGGAUGAAGUAAUAAAUGUCAAUUUAAAGGGAACAUAUCUGUUAAACAAAGCAGUCAGUCAAGCCAUUGUAGAGAACAAAUUAAGUGGUGGAUCCAUUAUUAAUCUAUCAAGUAUUGUUGGGAAGGUAGGCAAUGUUGGUCAGACGAAUUAUGGAGCAUCCAAGGCUGGUGUGAUAGGCUUCACAAAGUCAGCUGCUAAAGAAGUAGCAAAAUUCAAUAUAAGAGUAAAUGCUAUUUUACCUGGCUUUAUCAAAACACCAAUGACAGAAAAGGUACCAGAACAUCUUAUGCAGAUUACACAGAUGUUGAUACCAAUGACAAAGCUAGGGGAACCAGAAGACAUAGCAGAUGCCUGUGUAUUUUUGGCAUCAGAUAAAAGUCGAUACAUUACUGGUGCUACUUUGGAAGUCUCAGGUGGUCUGUUCAUGUGAGCUGUGUCAUGUGAUGAGUAUGAAUAAAGACAAAAUACACGGAAAGCUGACCAUGGCAGUUGAUAAGUGGAAGCAAACAAGUGAUUGAUGUGAUUUUGUUGAAAAUGAUUAAAUCAACCAACAAUGAAUUACCGUAGUCAAUAAUUAUAGACAACAUAAGAAGACUAUCCUGAUUGACUAUAGUCUCUAAACCAAAAUGUUAAUGCAGGGAAAAUGUUCUUUUUGCUUUCAUCUUGCCUAUUGUUUUUUAUAAAUUGAUUUCAUCUUUUGAAACAUCAUGGACUUAAAAAUAUUGAUCAUAAAUUGAGAGUGACCUUGUUAUAAGUGUUACUGUGAACUCAUUUUUUAUUCGACUGCAAAAUUUUUGCGUCGUAUAUUGGUAUCACGUUGUCGUCCGAAGAUAUUUGGUUUCCGGACAAUAACUUUAGUAUAAGUAAAUAGAAAUCUAUGAAAUUUAAACACAAGGUUUAUGACCACAAAAGGAAGGUUGGGAUUGAUUUUGGGAGUUUUGGUCCCAACAGUUUAGAAAUUAGGGGCCAAAAAGGGCCCAAAUAAGCAUUUUUCUAGUUUCAAGACAAUAACUUGUGGAAUGGUGUAUGGAUCUCUCUGAAAUUAUACCACAAGUUUCCAUACCACAAAGGGAUGGUAAGAAUUGGCUUUGGGGGGCUAUGGCUCAAAUGGUUAAGGAAUAAGGGGCAAAAAAGGGGGAAAAACAAGGGUUUCCAGGUUAAUGGACAAUUACUCCAGGUUAAUUUAACACAUUUGAAUUACCUCACUUACACUGCUUUUAAAUUAUGUAUAUUGGAAAUUUGCCAAUAACUUUAGUAUUAAUAAACUCCAUUGGAAAUUUGCCAAUAACUUUAGUAUAAUAAACUCCAUUGAAAAUUUGCAAAUAACUUUAGUAUAAUUGGAAAUUUGCCAAUAACUUUAGUAUAAGUAAAUAUAAAUCUAUGAAAUUUAAACACAAGGUUUGAAACCACAAAAGGAAGGUUGGGAUUGAUUUUGGGGGUUAUGGUCCCUAUGGUUUAGGAAUUAGGGGUCAAAAAGGGGCCCAAAUAAGCAUUUUUCUGUGUCCAGACAAUAACUUGUGGAACAGUGUAUAGAAUUGUCUGAAAUUGUACCACAAGUUUCCACACCACAAAAGGAUGGUUAGGAUUGGCUUUGGGGGGUUAUGGCUCAAUCUGUUUAGGAAUAAGGGGCAAAAAAGGGGGGAAAAUAAGGGUUUCCUGGUUAAUGGACAAUUA